GAACCAGAAAUCAGGUUAAGGCCGGCCGUCUGCUUCCUCUGCUGUUGCUGCUGCUGCUGCUGGUGUUGGUGCCGCCAUCAUCAUGAGUUUAUUGAAAGUUUCUCUCAUCUUGUUGACGGUCGCCGAACUGGUACACUCACUACCUGGAAAGAAUCUCCUUCUUUCCCGUCUGAAGAGACAAGCAGGUUACUCCUCCUUGACCAGAGACUUGUGGGGUCCGUCUGGAAGUUUCCAAAGCCUCAACUAUCCCUCGAACUACCCCGAUAACGCACAAUGGACCUACAUCAUCCACACACAGCCAGGCACCUUCAUCACCUCAGAUACAAUGUCAGUAUCGAAGCUCACCCUAGCUGCGCUUGGGACAAGCUGACAUUUGAUGACGACUAUAAUAAUUUGAUCUGCGGUACCCUGGCCGGCCAGCGAACAUAUCAAGUGCCUGACAGCGAUUUUGUGGUCCGCUUUGCAUCGGACUCGUCUGUCCAAGGACCUGGUUUUCAGAUCAGCUACGUCAUCACCAACUCCUCAGGAUCCACGGGCUUUGGGAAUUUCAGCACCACUUAUCAACCUUCUUACAACAGCAGUUAUCAACCUGUCUAUAACAGCACUACCGGUUACCCAUACUACACUAAUUCUACCGGUUACCCAUACUACACAAAUUCUACUGGUUACCCAUAUUACACUUAUUCUACCGGCUAUCCAUACUACACUAAUUCCACCAGUUACCCAUAUUACACUUAUUCUACCGGCUAUCCAUACUACACUAAUUCCACCAGUUACCCAUAUUACACUAAUUCUACCGGUUACCCGUACUACACUAAUUCUACUGGCUACCCGUACUACACUAAUUCUACUGGCUACCCGUACUACACUAAUUCUACUGGCUACCCGUACUACACUAAUUCUACUGGCUACCCGUACUACACUAAUUCUACUGGCUACCCAUACAACACUACUGAUCAAGGUGUCCCAAUACAAGCGCUCUCGGGGAAUUCGAGGCUGACUUGAACGAAUUGGACCAGGACAUCGAUAAUGUGAGAAAUGCACUUAACAAUGUUAACAACGGCCUGCGGGGGUAGUCUGCGACCAAACAUGACAACUGCAGACGUGCUGCUGCCUGACGAGGUCCUUAUCUAGAGCAUCAAGCCUCGUAUUAUUUUCACUCUACAUGAAACAACUCUGUGGUGGUGAAUAAAGCAGUCUCUAACUCCUA